AUGACGUCACUGUCCCCUCCCCCAGCGGCCCUGGCGGGGGCGGGGCUGGACCUGGAGACCCCCGCGGUUUUCUGGGGGGACCCCGGGGGCGGCUUCGGAGCCAGCGUGGCCCAGAUGGGGAGCGGGAACGCAGGAUGGCUCCUGGUGGGAGCCCCCCACGACGGCGGCGGCUCCGGGGCCGUGUUCGGCUGCAGAUUCGGCUCCGAAAAUUGCCAGAAAAUUCAAAUCUCAGGACCCUCCGGCUCCGGGAAUUCCUCGCUGGGGCUGGCGCUGGCGGCCGGGGACGACGCGGCGCUGGUGUGCGGCCCCACCUCGGCCCAGGUGUGCGGGGUCAACGUCCACCUCGGCGGCCUCUGCGUCCGGCUGGACACGCGGCUGCGGCCGGGCCCGAGGCUGCCGGCCGCGCCCCCAGAGUGUCCCAAGCCCUCGAUGGACAUCGCCUUCCUGAUGGACGGCUCGGGCAGCAUCGACAGCGACGACUUCCAGAGGAUGAAGGCGUUCAUCGGGGAGGUGAUGCGGCGCUUCCGGGGCGCCGACGCCCAGUUCUCCCUCACGCAGUUCUCCCACGAGGUUCAAGACCACUUUGACUUCAGGGAGUUCCGGAAGGUUCCGGACCCCUGGCGGCUCCUGGACAGCGUCCGGCAACUGUCCAGCACCACCCGCACGGCCACGGGCAUCCGGCACGUCCUGAGGCGGAUGUUCACGUCCGGCCGCGGGGCCCGGCCGGACGCCCGGCGCAUCCUGGUCGUGGUGACCGACGGCGAGAAGUUCGAUGACCCCCUGGACUACCCAGCGGUCAUCCCCGAGGCCGACGCCAUGGGGGUCACUCGCUACGCCAUCGGGCUGUCCGUCCGUGUCCGGCUGUGCGUCCGUGUCCGGCUGUGCGUCCGUGUCCGGCUGUGCGUCCAUCCAUGUCCGUCCGUGUCCAGCUGUCCGUCCGUGUCCGUCCGUGUCCAGCUGUCCGUCCAUGUCCUGCUGUCCGUCCGUGUCCGGCUGUCCGUCCAUGUCCUGCUGUCCGUCCGUGUCCAGCUGUCCAUCCGUGUCCGGCUGUGCGUCCGUGUCCGGCUGUCCGUCCGUGUCCGGCUGUGCGUCCGUGUCCGGCUGUGCCUCUCCGUCCGUGUCCAGCUGUCCGUCCGUGUCCAGCUGUCCAUCCAUCCAUGUCCAUCCGUGUCCGUCCAUGUCCAGCUGUCCGUCCGUGUCCAGCUGUCCGUCCAUCCAUGUCCAUCCGUGUCCGUCCAUGUCCAGCUGUCCGUCCAUGUCCAGCUGUCUGUCCGUGUCCAGCUGUCCGUCCAUCCAUGUCCAUCCAUGUCCAUCUGUGUCCGGCUGUCCGUCUGUGUCCAGCUGUCCGUCCAUGUCCAGCUGUCCGUCCAUGUCCAGCUGUCCGUCCGUGUCCGGCUGUCCAUCCAUGUGGGCGGCGCGUUCGAGAAGCCCGACGCGUACCUGGAGCUGCAGGCGAUCGCGUCCAGCCCCGCCCGGGAUCACCUGUUCCGCGUGGACAACUUCUCUGCGCUGGCCGGGAUCCAGAGCCAGCUCCAGGAGAAGAUCUUCGCCAUCGAGGGCACACACCCGUCCAACAGCUCGUCCUUCCAGCUGGAGAUGGCGCAGGCCGGGAUGAGCGUGGCCAUGAGCCCGGCCGGCCCCGUCCUGGGCGCCGUCGGAGCUUUUGAUUGGUCGGGAGGAGCCUUCGUCUACAGCGGGGGCGGGGCCAAGCCCGAGUUCCUCAAUGGCUCCGCCCCCAGCCCGGGCACACCUGGGGCACACCUGGAGGAGGCCAGGGACGCUUACCUGGGGUACGCGGCCGCGCCCCUGAGCCUGGGGCGCACCUGGGGCCUGGCCCUGGGCGCGCCCAGGUGGGGACACCUGGGACAGGUGACGGUGCUGGAGAAGGGACACACCUGGACAGUGCUGGGACACGCCACGGGGACACAGGUGGGCUCCUAUUUCGGGGCGUCCCUGCUGGCCCUGGAGCCGUGCCCAGGUGAGCCCCGCCCAGGUGAGCCCCGCCCAGGUGAGCCCCGCCCAGGCGAGCCCCGCCCCCGCCCAGGUGAGCCCCAGGUGCGGCUCCUGGUGGGGGCGCCCCUGUUCUACGGGGGGGGCAGCGGCGGCCGAGUGCACCUGUGCGAGAUCCACGGACAGGAGCCCCGCCUGCGCUGUCCCCUGUCGCUCCGGGGCUCACCUGGGCACCCCCUCGGGCGCUUCGGGGCCAGCCUGGCCCAGCUGCCCCAGGUGGGCGGGGCCAGGUGCGCCCAGGUGGCCGUGGGGGCGCCCCUGGAGGACGAGGGGCGGGGAGCGGUGUACCUGUUCCAGAGCACACCUGGGGGCAUCAGCGAGAACGGACAGCGCGUCGCCGGCUCCCGGUUCCCGUCCCAGCCCCGAUUUUUCGGCCAAUCGCUGAGCGGGGGGCGGGACCUGAGCGGGGAUCACCUGCCCGACCUGGCCGUGGGGGCGCGGGGACAGGUGCUGCUGCUCAGGUCGCCGCCGCUGCUGCAGGUGCGGCUCCGCGUGACCUUUGACCCCCAGGUGAUCCCGGCCCGGGAGUGCCCGGAGGGGGCGGAGCUUCGGGAGCCGCUGGGCGUGGCCCGGGUGUGCUUCCGGGUCACCCGGGAAACCGGGGACGGCCUGGGCGCCGUCUCGGCCUCGCUGUGGUUCCGGGCCGAGCUGGACCCCCCGGCCGCGCUCGGGUCCGCGCCGAUUUUGGGGCCGAAAACGCCAAAAACGGGAGCCUGAGGGUG